CAUUACAAGAUGAUAUAUUACCAAUUAAGGCACGUGGUCUUGUGAUGCUUAAAGAAAUGGUUCUUGAGAAAGAUAUCAUUGUGGACGAAAGAGAUAAUUUGAACAAAGUUUUGGAUAUUUUCGUGAAUAUGGUUCAAGAUGAAGAGAGUUUUAUAUAUUUUAAUGCUGUAAAAGGGUUAUCUGCAUUAACUGAUAUUCAUGGUGAAAAAAUUAUGAAAAAGUUAAUGGCAAUUUAUGUUGAUGGUUCGCAAAAUCUGGAUAAUCGAUUGCGUGUCGGGGAAGCCAUUUUGCAAACUAUUCAGCGGUGUGGGGAUGUACUUGGGAAAUACACAUUAUCAACUUGGUUUAGAGAUAUCAUUGAUUGGGUUUUGAAUAUUUUGAAUAUUCAAAAAGAAGCAGAAGUUCGGAGAGGUACUU